AAAAUUCAUAACAAACAAAUAUUUGCAAACAAAGUAGCAGAGCGAGUGCGGAGCCGGAAGAGCCUUCCCUGCCCCCUCCCAACUGCCACUUCCCGGGACUUUGCGGAGAGCUCCGUGCUGACCGCCCGGGGUGAGGAACUGCCUGCUGCCGGCUGGAGGAGGAGGGGAGCCGGGCUGCUGAGCUCCGAGGUGACGGAGGAAGUUACUGCUGAUCACCGGAGGCUGGAGGAGUCCCGAGGAGCCCUUCUAUGUCCUGCUGAGCCUCUAUAGGACCUUCUGAGCCUCUCUGGGACCAUCGGAACCUUCAUAGAACCUUCUGAGCCUCUCUGGGACCAUCGGAACCUUCAUAGAACCUUCUGAGCCUCUCUGGGACCAUCGGAACCUUCAUAGAACCUUCUGAGUCUCUCUGGGACCAUCGGAACCUUCAUAGAACCUUCUGAGCCUCUCUGGGACCAUCGGAACCUUCAUAGAACCUUCUGAGCCUCUCUGGGACCAUCGGAACCUUCUGAGUGUCUCUGGGACCAUCGGAAACUUCAGAGUCUCUCUGGAACCAUCGGAACCUUCAUAGAACCUUCUGAGCCUCUCUGGAACCUUCUGAGCCUUUCUGGGAUUGUCGGAACCUUCAUAGGAUCUUCCGAGUCUCUCUGGGACCAUUGGACCGUCUAUAGAACCUUCUGGGACCAUUGGACUCUCUGUAGAACCUUCUGAGCCUCUCUGGGACCAUCGAAACCUUCAUAGGACCUUCUGAGCCUCUCUGGGACCAUCUGAACCUUCUGAGCCUCUCUGGGACCAUCGGAACCUUCUGAGCCUCUCUGGGACCAUCGGAACCCCUGCGGAACCUUCUGAGCCUCACUGGGACCAUUAGACCCUUUACAAGACGUUUUGAGCCUCUUUUGGGCUAUUGGACCUUUUAGAAUACCUUCUGAGCAUCCCUGGGGCUAUUGGACUCUAUAGGACCUUUCUGAGCUUCAAUAAGACACCCCCCCCCCCCAGCCACUCUGGGACCAUCGGAACCUCUAUAGGACAUUCUGAGAAUUUCUGGGACCAUGGAAGCCAAUGUCGGGUCACCUGAGCUUCUAUAGGGCAUUGGGAGACACUGAACCAUCUGAGGUUUUUUAGGGUCAGAGUCCCUCUAGGGUUAUCGGAGCCACUGUUGGGUCAUUCUAGCCCCCCCUAAUUUGUUGGAACCACUGUUGAUUCGUUAGAACACCCUAAAAAUUGUCGGCGCUUCUGUAAGGUCCCGAAAGCCCUCCCUGAUCUAAGGAUUGUCGGAGCUUCUGUAGGGUUGUCGGAGCUUCCAUAGGACUGUCGGGUCAUCAGAUCUACUACAGGAACCCUCUGUCGGGUUGUCGGAGCCAUUAUAGGAUUGUGGAAGCCGCUUUCUGCUCAUCAGAGCCCCCCCUCAAUUGUCGGAGCUUUUGUCGGGUUAUCUGCCCCUCUUCCCCCUUGCUUGGACCCUGCAUGGGGCUUUACUGACCGCACUCCGGGCAUGGGAGGCUGCAUGGGAAGACCCCAGGGGGAGAGCCCGAGAUCCAGAUCCUCCGGUCACAAGAGAGCAGGACGCAACGAACCAUUAAAGAAAGAGCGACCGAGAUGGAAGAGCGAUUACCCCAUGACGGACGGUCAGCUCCGCAGCAAAAGGGACGAGUUCUGGGACACGGCGCCGGCCUUCGAGGGGCGAAAGGAGAUCUGGGACGCGCUGAAAGCGGCGGCCUACGCCGUGGAGGCCAACGACCACGAGCUGGCUCAGGCCAUUGUGGACGGGGCCAGUAUAACAUUACCUCACGGUUCUCUAACGGAAUGCUACGAUGAACUUGGGACCCGGUACCAGCUCCCAGUCUACUGCCUGGCUCCCCCAGUCAACCUGAUCAUGGAAAGAAGUGAAGAUGAUGGAACCGAUGCCCCAGACCCGGCCCCGAAUAACCGGCGGGAGUUCCAGCUGAAGGUCCGCCUUUCCACGGGAAAAGACGUUAAACUCAGUGCCAGCAUGUCGGACACUAUUGGCCAAUUGAAGAAGCAGCUACAUUCCGUGGAGGGCAUCGAACCUUGUUGGCAAAGAUGGUUCUUUUCUGGGAAACUUCUCACAGAUCGGAUUAAACUACAGGAGACUAAGAUUCAGAAGGACUUUGUCAUUCAAGUGAUUGUUAACCAACCGGCAGAUCACCAAAACUGACCAGGUUUAAAAAACAAACCAAAAAAUAAAUUGACCAAGAAUUUAUGACGAUACACUGGAACGCUUAGAAGACAAGCAAAGGCUGGCUGCUAAGUCCUUCUUUCCUUUCUUGUCGAUCUUUUCGAUGAUGGCCACCUUGUAGGAACACAUGGCUUUGGGAUGUAGAGAUGACCUCAGAGAUCCUGAAAUGCUGCACUAUUUUUUUGUUUUUUUAUUGUCUCGGUUGCACACAAUGUUCACCUCAUACAAAAAGAUGUUUUAUGCAUGUUAUUGGCCUGGAUCCUAAACUAGCAUAGGACCAGGGGGUUGGGUAUUUUUGUAGGAUUGUCUGGGGUUAACUCUUCCAUUCAGCAUAACGGCAGUGGUUUCAGCAUUCAGUCCCAAAGAAGGUGUAUCUAAACCAGCCUUUCUCCGCUCCAGGCCUUUAAGGCGCCCCCAACAGGUCAUGUUUUCAGGAUUUCCGGCCGUGGUAAAAUAUCAAAUCGCCUGUGCAAAAUAAUGGAGAGCCUGAAAACAUGACCUGUUGGGACUGGAGUUGACAAACGCUGAUCCAAAACGAAUAUCUAACGUGUUGUAGGUUAACCAUUCUUAGAUGUUGUGGCUGCAUUGGUGAAGACCAUGUUUGGGAAGGAAAAUGCUUGUUCUUACCAGAAACUCCAAGUCGCUUGCCUUUAAAAAAAACACCUGACCUUGUCUUGUGAAACUACUAGUCCCAACAAUCCAUCAUGCUUUGAAGAUAAACAAAGGCAGACAUGUUUGAAGUCCGUACUGAUUGACCACCGUGGUCAAAUUUUGGCAGGGACAGAAAACACCUGUUGAUCUUACCAGAAAUUUGAUGUCCCUU